GGGUGGGGGCGCGAAUUAACCCAAAGAGAGGGUGUAGUUCAAUUAAGCCGUUCCUUUACAUUAUUUUCGUUGGUGCAAGGCCUGAAUCGAUCUCAGACGGAGGCCAAAUCUAGCGUUUAGACAAGUGUAGGACCGGGCAAGUUAAAUCAAAUCCAAUACAUGGUUGGGAAUGGUAAGAUGAAUCCCUCAUCGGAGGCAGAGGAAAGAGGUAUGAAAAGCUUGCUAAAAUGGGCGGCAAAGUAUGGGAUUGAGGUUUCAGAGUCAUGUUCCAGCCUGGGGUUGGGCCAUUGUCUGGGAGUCUCUUGGUUCCCCGGCGCCGGAGGAAGAGGUGUGGCUGCUCUCCGACCGAUUAGCAAAGGAGAGUUGCUUCUUAAAGUUCCAAAAUCUGCCUUAAUCACAACUGACUCUCUUCUUUCAAGAGAUGAAACUUUGUCUCUUGCACUCAAAGCCCAUCCUUCUCACUCUUCUAUCCAGGUAUUCACUGUUUGUUUGUUAUAUGAAAUCAAUAAAGGAAAGGCUUCACCAUGGCACCCUUAUUUUCUGCACUUGCCUCGUAGUUAUUCCAUACUCGCCGCUUUCGGUGAACUUGAAACGCAAGCCUUGCAAGUGGAUUAUGCCAUCUGGGCUGCUCAGAAAGCUGUCACAAAAGCUAAAUACGAGUGGGAACAAGCAUUCACUCUCAUGAAGGAACUUAAGCUUAAGCCUCCACUUCUCACUUUCAGGGCUUGGAUUUGGGCUACUGGGACUAUCUCCUCUAGGACAUUACAUAUACCUUGGGAUGAAGCUGGCUGCUUAUGUCCUGUGGGAGACUUGUUUAAUUAUGCUGCACCUACUGAAGAUCCAGACAGCUUUGAAAAUGUAGAGAAUUGGCAAAAUGAACAUGCAAAAGAUGAUUUAGAUAUUCAUCACUCGCAGAGAUUAACUGAUGGUGGAUACGAGGAAGAUGUUGCUGCAUAUUGCUUCUAUGCUAAAAAAAACUAUAACGUGGGGGAGCAGGUUCUCUUGAGUUAUGGAACUUACACAAAUUUAGAGCUUCUUGAAUACUAUGGGUUUCUUUUAGAGGAUAAUCCAAAUGAGAAGGUGUUCAUUCCACUAGACCUUGACAUGCAUAGCUUAAGUUGUUGGCCGAAAGAGUCGCUAUAUAUCCAUCAAAAUGGGAGGCCGUCUUUUGCUUUGAUGUGUGCUUUGCGCUUGUGGGCAACUCCACUGCAACAGCGGAAAUCUAUUGGACACCUAGCUUAUUCGGGAUGUCCGAUCUCAAAAGGCAAUGAAAUAUAUGUGAUGAAAUGGAUAGGUAAGAAAUGUGAUGCUUUAUUGAAGGAAAUGCCGACAUCAGUCGAAGAAGACAAGUCGUUGGUUCAUUUGAUGGACAAAAUGGAGGAGUAUGAGAACCUGGGGGAGUGGGUAAAGAAAGCGAGUGCAGUAUUUGGAGGCGAGUUUGGCGAUAAUAAUAUAUUGAAAGCAGCAUAUGGUGUGGAAGGAGAUGAUGAGUUAACUUCAUUGGUGAGGACUAAAAUGUUGAUAGAUAGGUGGAAAUUAGCAGUCCAAUGGAGGCUUAUGUAUAAAACAGUUGUUGCUCGUUGCAUUUCCUACUGUACUGACAUAAUCAAUUCUUUAUCUACUCAAUGAUUUAGUUGUGCAUAACAGUUAGUAACACAUAGUGAGCUUAGAUUUGAUCUUACUAAUAUGAUAAAUUUACUGUAAAGGAUAGUUUUCGCUGAACUGAAAGAAGUUUACAAACCUCAAA